AUGUCCGAGGUCACAUCACGGUCCUCCGCUUCGCGCGGCAGAGGCUCUGGCCGCGGCGGCCGCGGCGGUUUUGCUGGUCGUGGGGGUCGCAGACCCAACGGCGCCGACAAGCCCGAUCACAGCGAUUCCCCCGCCGCCUUUGACGACGACGCCGACCUGGGUGAGCUCCGAAAGCUGUAUGGAGAUAAGACUUCUGUCAUCCGCGAGAUGUUCCCAGACUGGUCCGAGGCCGACGUGCUUUUUGCCCUCCAAGAGACAAACGGUGAUCAAUCCGAAGCUGUCACGCGCAUUGCUGAAGGUACCAUUUCUCAAUGGGGCGAGGUUUCCAAGGCGAAGAAGCCCACUCGCACAAAGGCUAAGGAUACUGCUCCUGCCACCGCGACUACGACUUCCGAACAGACCACCGCUGCGCCCCGCGCUGCUCGCGGUGGCCGCACCGUUUCCGAAGGAGGCAGAGCACGCGGCCGAGCUACAGAGAGAGGCGGCCGCGGUGGUGCCCCUCGCGGUCGCACUGCCCAGCCCUCUACCAACGGUGCCUCGCGCAAUAAGGAGACCCAUCAGCUGUCCGUCCCUACUGAGGAAUCACCUGCUUUCGGCGAAUCCAAGGCCAAGGCUGAACCCGUCGAUGCCAAAUCUACCCCCGAACUGCCCAGCAACACCACUGCCAAGACGUGGGCCAGCAUGCUUCGCCAGUCCACUGCCGUUGAUAAGCCUGCUCCUCUACCUGGUCACAUCAAGGGCAAGCCUGCCGAUUCCGCAGAACCAGCUGAAACCGCCCCCGAACCUAUUGCCGCCCCUGUUACCGAAGAAAAGACCAAGGCUGAUGAGGAGACGACUCCCGUUGCCACGCAUGCCGAUUUGGUUAUUGAAGAGCCCGCGCUACCCCCGCCUAAGGACGAUCUCACAGAGACAAAUCUUGAACAGGUUAUUGACGACUCCCAGCCAGCUGCCACUGGCACCGCCGCAAGCACUGCUGCUGACUCUUGGGACCCACGACAGAGCCCUAUUAGUUCCACCGCCACUCCUCUUUCCGCCGCUCACCAGCAGCACCAGCGGGUGCCCAUCAGUGGCUACGCCGCCUCUGCGCUCAAGGCUACCACUGACAGAACUGCUCGGCCACCGGGCUUCCAGCGCCGCGUUCUCGACCAGGAAGAGGCUGUCCGCAUGCCCGGAAACCGUGAUCUUGAUCGCGCUGCUGUUCAGUUUGGCGCUUUUAAUCUCGGUGAUGGUGAUGAGGACGUUGAUGGUGAACGCGAGGACGCCGAGACCCGCGGUCAACCUCCUGCCGAUUCUCCUGUGGCCCAGCCUCGUACUUCGCUCCCUCCUCCCGUUGCUCAACCCUCUGCGGUACCGGAUUCCUUCCCCAAGGCCACUGCUCCCGGUGCCGGAACUACGUCACAAAUUCCAACUCAGCCCGCCCACCCUGCCAUCCCCGGCCAGCAGUAUGGUCGCUACAGCCAGGAACCCUCUGCUCAAAAGCCCAUCGAUCCCUUCGGCCAGCAGGCUACGUCCGUUUCUCAACCUCCCUUCGAUAGCUUCUCCGCCGCCACGACUCAAACUCCCUCCCAAGCCGCCUUCAGCUCAGCCCCCUCCGAUUACUCCAAUUACUACACGGCUAACCAGCAGGAGCGCAACGCUUAUAAUAAUUACUAUGCCCAGCAUUACGGACAGCAGCAGGUCCCCCAUGGCCAGCAUGAUGCUCAGCAGCGACCUCUUGGAGGCUACAAUGCCGCGCAGGCCGAUAGCUUGAGCCAGUAUCCCCAGAGCGGAAGCUCACACGGCCAGCCUCGUUUUGGCGUCGCCGCCGACAACCAGAACAGUGGCCACUCGACGCCUAACCCAGCUGCUCAGACUCAGCAGCAAAUUCCUCAGGGCCAGCAGGCUCAGCCAGGUCAGCAGGGACAAACUGGCGCGCCUGGGUCUCAACCUCAGGGCCACGGUCAACAGUAUCCCGGCUACAACCACCCGUACUACCCUUACUACCACCAAUACUACUCUGGAUACGGCCAGGGCAACUUUGGACCGUAUGGUGGUGGCAAGGGUGGCAUGUACGGCCAACCCUACGGUGUGUCUCCGAACGCGCCUUAUGACCAUGCCAGUUCCCCCGCCAACUUUGCACCCUCCAACGCCCAUCGUGAUAACAACGCCAGCUCCGGUCUGGGUGACUAUGGUCGUGGAGCUGCUAGCCAGGCUGGCUCUCAACCCGGUCUUGGUGCCACUGGCUUCGGUGGCUCCCACGACAGCUUUGCCCGCGGCGGUUCCGCCUUCCAGUCUCAGGCUCAGGGAUUUAACAGCCAGACCCAGCCUGGCAGUGGUGCCUCGGCCGCUGACGACUUGAAGCCUUUCGGCGAUGGCAAAGGUGCACCUGGGCCCUCUCCCUCUCUUGGCGGCGCUCGCCCUGGAUCGGCCACCAAUACCGGUCCUGGCGGUCAGGCUAGCGGCCUGCCCCCCCAGGUCUCCCAGAUGGGCGGUGCCUACGGCGGCUACCCUAACCACCUGCAGGGUCAUGGUGCCCACGGCAGCGGUGCCUACGGAAUGGGUGCUGGCGGCGCCGGUGCUAAUCAGCACGGCAACACACCUUACGGCUCCUAUGGCAACCAGGGUUUCGGCAGCGGAGGCUACUACGGUGCCGGCCAGCAGCAGCAGCGCGGCGGCUGGGGUGGCAACUACCAUUAG